CUAAUUAUUACAAAGACGAUAAAGGAAAUUGCAAUCUUUGUGCGCCAGGAUAUUAUGGGGAUUCUUGUGAAAUUCCGUGUCCAAGUGGCAGCUUCGGGGUGGACUGCGGUGGACAGUGUCCCUGUUCUGCUGAAGACUGUAACCAUGUCACGGGGUGUUCUCGUCAAAGUACAUCAGUCGUCACAGUUACAGGUAACGAGGAGCUUAAUCUGAAUAGGACACAAAUAACAACGGAAGAAGUAUUAUCUACAUCAUUGAUACCCAAAACACCCUUUACUCUUAAAGAAAAGAAAACAUCGCAUACAACAUCACCAGCAUUUAUAACUAGCUCAAAAGUUGUGUAUUCAACAAAUGAACCAACAGUUGCUCUGUCUGUAACUGAUUUCACAACUACAACAGAAAUGUUUAACAGUAAUUAUUUACUGUUUGGAGUGGGGAUAGUGUUAGCAAUUCUACUGAUUGUUAUCAUUCUACAACUUCGUUCGAAAUCAAAAUCAGCACAAAGAAUGAUUUCAAGAGGAAAAAAUCAAGAACAGAUUGAAAUGAACUUACCAAGCGAUUUGGCAUUGAGACCAAGUGCGAAUGAUAAAAAGCAGUAUAGCAGUUUGAAUCAGGGUAAAGAAAAAUUACAUGUUUAUCAGCAAGUUGAGUCAGAGUAUGAGGACAUUGAUCGAUGCUUAGAAAUGAUAGAUGUGUCGCCAGGAGAAGAUUUUCAAGGACCUAAAUCUGUCUUGCUCAAUACUUUACCGUUACCCCUGAAAACAAACAAAAGAGACAGACAUAAGACUGAACAAUAUAUUGAACCAAUGACAAAUGUUGAGUCGAUUUUGGAAACUUACUUGGAGCCUAUUAGUUCGGAAACUGGUAGAGUGAGCAUUAAAGAUCCACAGCGGCAUUCGUACAUAGAAAUUUUGGAUUCAGAUGAAAUCAUACUUGAGGAGAGGAAAGACGAUAGACUAAAUGAAAAUACAAGUAAGUCAUCAUCUUCAUAUGAUGAUGUUGUAGUCGAAUGUAUUACGCCUUCUUUGGACAGGGAUAAAGGAAAUCAUGCAACGUAUUUAGAUGUUGUCUUUAAAUGAAACACCCAGAUUGAUCGCACAUAAAAUCGACUCAUUAAACAUUUCUCACGGAAAAGACUUUAUUUAUUGUAUGUUUAA